AUGGCCCAGGCUCUGCGCGCAUCUCGUCAGAGUGCCGACGACGUGGCAACUGGCUUUUAUGCAUUCCGAGAUCCCCUCCCAGAACAUAUGGGCGAAAUCACAUCGCUCAUGUCCGAGUUAUACGCAAUCAGCUCAUCCUUGUCCACCUUGGAACGUCUAGCUGAAGAUCCCCGAAAUCGCCGUUAUUUCGAACUGAUCAAACCCGAUUUGAAUGUCGUGCAAGCCAGUUUCACAUAUACCAUCGAGGAUAUCGGCGAGAUUUUCAGAGGUCUCGAUGGCCCCGAUGCUAGUUCCGCGAGAUACAAGCGCACUUGGGUAAUUAUGAGCCGCUUCUUUUGGGAUCAAUCAAACUAUACCCUGGCCACCCGUCUAGCCAAGUAUAAGACGAUCUUUAAAGAGUUCAAUGACUUGGUAAGAGAGGGUCACUAUACCUCCUCGCUUCUUGUCGGCCUCGUCAGUGGAUUUAAGACUUUACUCUCUAUACAAGAUGGUCGGUUUGCUGCACGCUUUGAAGGCAUGGCGCUCCGUCCAAAUGACUCGCCUACCGGCAACCGUGCGAGUCCCCCGAGCCCGGUCAGGGAGCGGCCAGUGAGGGAUCGACCAGUGAAGGAUCGGCCGGUGAGGGAUAGGCCAGUGAGGGAUCUGCCAGUGAGAGAGCGUCCGCUGAGGGACCGCCCAGUGAGGGACCGCCCAGUGAGGGACCGCCCAGUGAGGGACCACCCGGUAAGAGAUCACCCGGUGAGGGACCACCCGGCGAGAGACCACCCAGUGAGAGACCACCUAGCGAGUGACCGGAAUGCACGACGGCAGAGGUCAUACGAGCGUACUCGACCGCCGCAUAUGUCUCCUCCGCCGAUGUCAUCUUCCUCCACCACUUCUUCGGAUUUCCCGCCUUCUGUACCGGAUAUCCCACUCUCGCCGCUUACGUCUGUAUCUGCAACGACGGCUACUAGCCACUCGAGUGACCCCGAUAUUAUCAAAGAGCACUGGGCCAAGGAUACAUUUGGCUCUAGUAGCACCAACACUCCUCUACCAUCUGUCAGAGAAAAGUCACAAUGCCGCGGAGAACCCUAUCCGGGUAUUAAACAAUUAAUCAAAGACAAGGGCUUUGAGGAGCUCCUUCAACUGCAAGUCGAGAAUAUUUACCCCGUUGGAGCAUAUAUUUUAACACAGUAUAGAUCCCUGAACGACGAAUCCGAUAUGCGCGUAUCCUUCUACCUAAGAAGAACAGACUAUCGCGUCCGAAUCCUUUGCAGGGAACCCCACCGGACGGGGCCGAGUGACUACUACUGCUUGCCGCUUAAUUUACUUGAGGUCUUGCGAGACGGCUCUUGUCUCCGAAUAUGCCGACGGCGGAAUCGCGGGACAGAGCUUGUUCUAUGGACGCAAUUGAAGUUCACCACAAUGGAAGAUCUGGUGCUAUUCCAUGGCACAUUCCUUGCCUUGCGCUCCCAGGAUGCGGGCCACCCUGUCGGGGAAAUUUUAGACUACGAGCUGGCACAGGAACAACAAUGCUUUGGAGGCACAAUCACCGACGAUGACUAUGUGCACGCGCUGCGUGUAUACAAAGACACGGUGACUGGAGCCGUUAGACUCCAGGCCUCAAUCCACCUAGGCGAUUUGAACCAUACACCCGUCUGGACUGCGUUUGUCACCCACAACCUCGGGAAACGCAGUUGGCUUAGGUCGUACGAUUCGAAAACGGUGAUUUUGCGCGAUGUCAAGCCUGUGAUAUUUAUGUCUGUGGAUGAUUAUACACCCCCGCAGACGUUACAUGGUCAACAUGUCCUCGAGUUCACAAGCUCUUCUGACGCCAGUGAGUUCUUGGAUGUCAUGGAUGAAUUGGGUGAGUUAUGA